CAAGCAAUCCUCCCAGCUCAGCCUCCCCAGGAUUACAGGCGUGAAAAACCACGCCUGGCGGAGACUCAAUUAUAAGGGGCUCACAGAUAACAUCUAAUUCUUACAGAGGAGGAAACUGAGGCACAAGUAAGCAGGAGAGCCGUGAUUAGAAACCUAGGUCUAACUCACAGCCCGUGAGCUUUCCUCCAAGCCCCGAGGCUUCCCCUUAAAAAAGCCAGCGAGGGACGAGACCCGGAGGGCUGAACCCACGGAGGGCGGAGCCCACAGAGGACAGAAACCGCGCUCGCGAGCUCGGCCUUGCGCGGCCCCCUGCAGCCAGACGAGCAAGUCGGUCUUGGAAUGAAUGACCGUCGGAACGGAGCUUGAUGGAAUCACUCAGCAGUGGGCGUCGCCCACUUUCUUAUUGGUUGGUUUUGGUUUUCAAGAGUAGGAAACGAAGACACUCCGCGAGGGGGCUGCGGGCUUUGUGCCCCGGGCGCGCCGUUUCCCUGCCGCGCAGGCGCACGGAAUCGCCGGCUCGGUCUCGCGUUUCCGCCUCUCCCGGAAGCUGCGCUCGCUACCCGGGUAACGGGUCCCGGCUGUGGAAGCUUCCGCGGCGCCGCGAUGGACCUCGAGGAGGCGGAAGAGUUUAAAGAACGCUGCAGUCAGUGUGCUGCUGUCUCAUGGGGCCUUACUGAUGAAGGCAAAUAUUAUUGCACUUCUUGCCACAAUGUUACAGAGAGAUCUCAGGAAGUUAUAAACACUGAUCUUAUUCCUAAUACCCAAAUAAAAGCCCUCAACCGGGGGCUUAAAAAAAAAAACAACUCUGAAAAAGGCUGGGAUUGGUAUGUGUGUGAAGGUUUCCAGAACAUUCUUUGUCAACAAGCAGAAGCCUUAAAGAACCUUGGAAUAGGUCCAGAGUUAAAGAAUGACGUUUUACAUAAUUUUUGGAAGCGCUACCUUCAGAAAAGCAAGCAGGCGUAUUGUAAGAACCCAGUUUAUACCACUGGAAGGAAACCUACAGUAUUAGAAGAUAAUCUAAGUCAUUCAGACUGGGCUAGUGAGCCUGAGCUGCUAAGUGAUGUCAGCUGUCCUCCUUUUCUUGAAAGUGGAGCAGAGUCUCAGUCUGACAUCCACACUCGAAAACCUUUCCCCAUCAGCAAAGCAUCACAAUCAGAAACAUCUGUCUGCUCUGGAUCUCUGGAUGGAGUUGAAUACUCACAACGAAAGGAGAAAGGAGUUGUGAAGAUGACCGUGCCACAGACACUUGCCUUCUGUUAUUUGUCCUUACUUUGGCAGAGAGAAGCAAUAACACUUUCAGAUCUUUUGAGAUUUGUUGAAGAAGACCAUAUUCCUUACAUAAAUGCUUUUCAGCAUUUUCCAGAACAGAUGAAAUUGUAUGGGCGUGACAGAGGAAUCUUUGGUAUAGAGUCUUGGCCUGACUAUGAGGAUAUCUAUAAAAAAACAAUUGAAGUUGGCACAUUUUUAGAUUUGCCUCGUUUUCCAGACAUAACUGAAGACUGCUAUCUUCAUCCCAACAUACUGUGUAUGAAAUACUUGAUGGAAGUCAACCUCCCUGCAUUCCUGUGCUUCUGGCUUCAGCGCUGCCGCUGCUGCUGGGAGGACAUUGUUUCCAAUUCAAAGGGAAGGGAGGAUGGGGAGAGUGACACCUUCCUGCUGCCUGACUGCCGAGCAUGGAGAGGCCUGAUGAUCCUGAGGGCCCAGCACAGCACCUCCCCCGGGAUGCUGCGAAAGGUAACUGCCCAUUCUCGCCCCUCCUGGUGGGUUGGGACGAUCUUCCCUGAUGAUGCCCCCUCACUCAGGGCCUCCAUCACCCCCGCUACCCCUUUCACCUGCCAGGGUGAGCUGGGGCUACAAGAGGACGCCUCUCCCCACCUCUGUCACCUUCCCUUAGCUCUUGGCCUGAUGCCCGGAUCCCUCCCCUUACAGCUUGUCUUCUCAGAGGCCCUCGCUCUGAGUCACUGCCUGGCUCCUCACCGGCUGCAGGAAGCCCGUCCUUUUCCUUGGAGCCGAGCACUUCUUGCCCCUUAA